AUGGUCUUUAAACAUAGCCAAAUUUACGCUACUCGUUAUAAAGUGUUAUUUAGCAUUUUACUCCUUCACCUUGCAUUUUUCUCCAGUUUUCUGUAUUACUUCCCAUACAAAUGCGAUGUUAAUAUCAAACCGGUCUCAGAAGAAUCAUCAGCACCGCUGGCACCACCACCACCACUUCCGAUGGACGAUACCUAUAUUAAACCUCCUCCGGGCGUUGAUACAAACGUAACAGUUUUUCUUGGAAUUUUAACCGUUUACGAAAAGACUGAGAUAAGGAAUUACUUGCGCAAUAUGUAUAAGCAUAGUAACACUGCACUAGCACGAUACCUUGGAGUUCAGGAAUCCCCUAUAACGGUUAA